UGAAAAAAAAAAAAAAAAAAAAGAAGCAACAAAAGACAAGACGAUGGCAAAGAAGGGUGGAGACAAAGACUUGUUUGAGGACCCAGCCCCAACUGGCGAUGUCGAUCGAGAUGAAGAUCAGCCAGAGUCGAUUCUUGACCUGCCGCAGGAGGAAGAGAAGGGCGUUGGCAGGAGGAGGAAGGCGAGUCGCAAUGCCGGUAUCUUGCGCAUCGACACAUCCGCUCCUGGGGCCGCCAACGGAUUCGACAGUCGCCGGAAGAGUUCAGCCAGUUCGUUGGCAGAUUUCCGUUGCGCUGGCGCCACCUUAAAUCCUCACGCGGAUGAGGAUAGAUCUCCACUGCCAUCGGCCGAUCGCCUUUCCGUCAGUUUCAUCAUGGCAGCAGCAGACGCAUCCAGCGUCGGUACACCAUCCGUCAGGAUGGAUUCACCUCUCAGCGCUAUCCACCAUCUAUCCAAUCAUCAACCCCACUACUUGGAUAUCGAUGACGACUAUGAUGACGAUGAAUAUUCGAUUGCCGCGUCGAGCAUCCUGCAACAUCAACGGCGAUCCGGGGUAGGAGGAAGGUCAAGCUUUCAUCGACGCACCAGGUCCCUGCGUCGUGGACGUCGACCUUCGUCGCCCUUUCCCGGCGAUGAAUUGUCCUCGAUGGGCGGACGUAGACGCACGUCGCGCGGCCUCUCUGUCGCCACCAUCAGCUCGGCCGAGAUUGGAAUGGAAGAGACGGGCGGCGGCAAUCAUUUUUACGACCAACAAGAGCAGCGUGAAUCCGAAUCAGCGUCGACCCUGGAGCACGUUGCUCUUCAUAAGGAAGUAGUGCAGAACAUGCGCUACCAGCCGUGGGACAUGGGCCGCAAAUUAAGAGUCUUGCGCCGGGCCAAAACCUUUGUCCGGCAACACGAAGGCGCCCUACAGCAGAGGCUGGCCGAGUCACGCACGGCUAAAGAUGUUUUCGCCCGCGGACGCCUACUCGUGGCGAAAGCCAUUCAGUUGAGCGUGCGGGAAAUUCGAAAUUUGAUCUCGUUCCUGGUGCCGUGGGAAGCGAGGAUCAAAGAAAUCGAGUCGCUUUUCGGCUCGGCUGUCGCCUCCUAUUUUACCUUUUUGCGUUGGGUCUUUUGGAUCAACCUGGUCCUCACCACUUGCUUCGCCGUCUUUGUCGUCGUCCCAGAGGUGUUGGCCACCGAGUGGGACGUCAGCGGCGAACGUAAAGGCUUGCUGCCGGAAGAGAGACGGACGGCGACCGAUCUGCAGACGCUGUGGGAUUUCGAAGGCAUUCUCAAAUAUUCGCCCAUCUUUUAUGGCUUCUACAGCAACACUUAUGAGACCAACGAAGGAUACAAGCUGCCUUUCGCCUACUUUUUCACCGGAUUGGUCCUCUACAUGUACAGCUUCGUCGCCAUCCUCAGAAAGAUGGCCAAGAAUUCGAGGAUGGCCAAGUUGUCGGACAAGGAAGACGAGUGCACUUUUACUUGGAAAUUGUUUACCGGAUGGGAUUACAUGAUCGGGCACCCCGAAACGGGCGAGAACCGUCGAUCGGCCAUCACUCUUGGAUUCAAAGAAGCUCUUUUGGAAGAAAAGGAAAAGGAGCGGGCGACGGAAAAACUGACGCGCAACGUCAUCCUGCGCCGCAUCGCUGCCAAUUUCCUCGUCCUGAUGCUCCUCUGCUCAUCGGCCUACAUCGUCGUUCUGGUCGUGGAGCGAUCCACCGAGCCGGAUGCCGAAUCCAAUUGGUGGCGUCAGAACGAAAUCACCGUUAUCCUAUCGUUAAUCUCCAUCAUCUUUCCAAACAUUUUUGAGCUGAUUGGAAUCCUGGAAAAGUAUCAUCCGCGCAGACAAUUGCGAUGGCAAUUAGCGAGGAUCAUGAUACUGAAUUUACUCAACUUGUACACGCUGAUUUUCGCUCUGUUCGGCAAAGUGAACGCCAUGACGAGUCGGUUGGCCGUCAUGAAAUCCAACAUCAGUCAGCAAGGAUUGAACAUUGCCGAUUUACUGGAACACGACAAAUCCUCCUCUUUAUUGACGCCCAUUUUUAAUUCCACGUCGGAGACCAACGCCUUUUACGACGUCACCGAACCCACCGUCCUUUUCAUCCUGAACGCGACAGAGAAUCAAGUUCGCAUGGAAACGUACAGCACGUCCACCGAACCUGUGACGGAACAAGAUGAAGAAUCGUUGACUGGAACGUGUUUCCAAAUCAUGGUCGAUUGUCCUACCUUAGAGACGACGGAAGGUCCGUCCCUCAGCACGCACUCGGCCAUCACGACAACAAUGACGACGACGACGACGACGUUCAUUUCGGAAGAAGACGAACUCAUUUACGACGAAGAAGAAGAUUACGAAAACGUUCCAGAACGUGCGAAACGGCAGUUGGAGACGACGACGACGGGCAAUCCGUCGUCCUUGAAAUCUACUCCGCAAAGCAUCGGGCGAUUAUUGGACUCGCUCAAUUCGAUCCUGCGCAAUUUGAAACGCAACACGACCGUCCGCAUUCCGUACACGACGAGCACCGAGCCAAUGACUACAACUCAGACCAGCACCGUCGAUGUGAGAACAUCCGAAGCGACGAGCAGCAGUACGCCGGAAUUGCUGGACGAUCUGAUGCGCUGGCACACGGCCGGAUUGAUUUUGACGACGCAAGAAGACGAGGAUGUCGUAGAUGAUUCUUCAUUGGCCAGCAGCGCGUAUGACCUUUCCGUUUUGAAUCAAACCGACGUGCCGCCGGAUGAGUGGGUUGCGACCGACAAUGAGACGACCCGACAUCCGGUCGGGACGAGUGAAAGCACCACGCGGAACAUGUGCCCUUUGAUUGUUUGUCCGUGGAACGACACGGUCGGCUACUUCAGCAGUUUAACGACCGACAUUCCUGGAGAAGAAAAUGAUAACAGGAGCAGUCAUGGAGUGCCGUGUCGCGGCGAUAAUCCGCAAGGAUGCACUCCAUUUUGGACGAGUUCUCGAGAUGAAACAAUCACAUCGUUCCAUUCAUCCGUCCAUUUCUCCAGCAGCACUCUUCCAAACGAAGAAAUGGCGGCGAUUAGCAAAAUGCCGAAACCGACGCUGGAUCCGACGACCCGUCUGGAACUGCGCAAACUCUGCUGGGAGACCAUGUUCGGCCAGGAAUUGGUGAAAUUGACCAUCAUGGAUCUGGUAUUUACGACGAUAUCGAUUUUAAUCAUCGACUUUAUACGGGCCUUGUUUGUGCGCGUUUUCAACGGAUGUUGGUGCUGGGACUUGGAAAAGUAUUUCCCGCAGUACGGCGAGUUCAAGAUUGCUGAAAACAUUCUGCAUCUCGUCAACAAUCAAGGCAUGGUUUGGAUGGGAAUGUUCUUCUCGCCCGGUUUGCCGGCCAUCAACAUUUUCAAGCUAUUCCUGUUGCUCUACAUUCGUUCGUGGGCCGUCUUGACGUGCAACGUGCCCCACGAGGUGAUUUUCCGGGCAUCGCGGUCCAACAAUUUCUACCUGUGGCUGUUGUUGAUCAUGCUGUUUCUCUGCACUUUGCCCGUCGCCUACGCCAUCGUCUGGUUGGAGCCGUCUUGGCACUGCGGCCCGUUCAGCGAUUACGCCCGGAUUUUCCACGUCAUGACGCAGAGCUUACUGAAGGCGACGCCCGAGAGCCUCCACUGGGUCCUGAGCUAUAUCGCUUCGCCGGGCGUGGUGAUUCCGCUCCUGGUGCUUCUCAUUCUCGUCAUUUACUACUUGGUAUCGCUCAGCUCGUCGCUGAGAGAGGCCGUCACUGACUUGCGCACCCAAUUGAGACGCGAACGAGACGCGGAACGCAUGAAGACGAGACAGAAAAAGGAGCAAGAAAGUGCUGGGCCAUCGGCUCUUCCCGAUGCCGCGGCCGCAAAGAUAAUCGCCCAAUGGAGGACAGCUGUCCCUUUUGUGCCGACUAAGACGCAAACGAGUUUGCCUCAAACUUUGGCCAAAGAGGCCGUCGAAAAACGCAAAGAAGGAGGUUGUGCUGAAGCGACGCAUCAACGCGCAGGACCGGCGAUUCAAGUGUCUCCUCCGGUACAGCCGACAGUGACGGGACGUUACGGCGGCAGACGGGCACAGCCAGCCGAUAACGCUAGACCGACAGGCCGUCGAACUUCCGCCGGACCAGAAGCACGUGCCGAAGCGGCGGUUGGAGGAUACGCUGACGGGAGCGAUUUGGAUAUAAGCGAUUCGUUGCCGCGAGACAGUCCUGCCUUGAACGUUCGUGGACCUGCCGCUGGCCGGCCAGUGGAGCGAUCGGCCAGUCCACCACCUGCUCAGCCGGUCUAUGCAUCGGUGGUCAAGAAGAAGAAGAAGAAAUCGAGCAGCAGCAGCAGCGGUCCGCCGAUUGUAGGAGCCAAACCGAGUCGCACGUCCAUUGGCCAGUCGACGGCCAAGCCGCAGCCAACGGACGACACGAUGACUGAAGCGCCGCGUUCUCCGGCUCGCAUUCCGCUCAUCCGCAUCAGCCAAACGGAAAGUGUGGAGCAAGCCGAGAAGAAUCCAGCCACUCCAAUUACAGACAACUCAUCAACAGCGCAGGAUGGAACGGUGACUGGACUGGUAGCGUCAUCGCCCACUAAGAGCGGGGCCCUCAAUUUGAUUUUACAACGGGCUAAAGAAAGACGGGCUGCGGCCAAACAGCCAAUGGUUAUCAGCGAGUCUACGGCCGAUUUAGUCUUAAACAUGGAAGAAACGGCUACCGAGAACCAACAAGUCGAUGCUAAGAUGGAAGCGCUGGAUGAAACUUUGGAUUCCAUUUCGGAUGAUACGCCUACCAUAACGGAAAAUCAACAGUGAGGAGAUAAAAAAAAAUAAGAAGAAGAACGUGAGGAUGUGUGUGUGUGCACGGAGAGCAAACAAGUUUGUUGAUGUCCAAGGAGAGUAUAGUGAUGCCGUGUGUGUGUGUGUGUUGCUUCCGAGUCUGGUGUGUAUCGACGCGAUCGAUACACAAGACACGGCCCCGCUUUUGCCGGAAUGGAAGGGACAACUUGUCAACUACUCGCACACACACACACACAAGGAUGAGCGUCAUCAUUUGUCUUUAAACGUGUAUGUUGUAUCCGUUUUUGUUUGAACAAGUCAAUUUUCUUCUCUAUUUCUAAAGCCCCGUCUAUUUGGUCUAGUCAAAUUUUUUUUUUUCUUCUUAAUUGAUGUGUGAUUGUUUAAAGGCAUUUUUCUCACCCUCUUUGUCGGCUUCAAACUCCCGUUUUUUUUUUUUUUUUUUUCGUAUUAAAUUCCGCUUCAUUGUCGAAUUGGUUUCGCUGAAGAA